GAAAGCUGGAGCAGAGAUUCCACGUCCUGGUCAGGAUUCUUUAGAGUAAGUCCAAAUUACACAGGACGUAUCAGCAUUUGGACAAGGACUAGACUGUUAACCAGAAACAUAAUUUAAUGAUGUGGGUUUCUCUACAUGGCUCUGAAUAUGGAAGAAUGUGGGGAGGCAAACAACAUUGCUGUUCGUGAAUUGACACUCUAUUCGGAACAUGUCCACACAGAUGCAUGUUGUGAUUUAAAAUACAACAUGAAAGUAUACUGAACACUUAGCUAAUUAGAUUAGAUUUUACACACGUUAGAGACUCUAAAUAAUAAAAUUAUUGAAUUAUUGGGCAUGCAGGCUGGACAGAAGUCAUCAGUGAUGAGAAACUAUGCAAUAACCACCUUCAUUCUGCUGGGACUGACAGAUGACCCUGAGCUGCAGGUUCGGAUUUUUUUCUUUCUCUGUCUCACCUACACCCUGAGUGUAACUGGAAACCUGACCAUCAUCACACUCACCUCUGUGGAUUCCCACCUGAAAACACCCAUGUACUUUUUCUUAGUAAAUUUCUCCUUCUGAGAAAUCUCAUUCACAAUGGCAUGUGUUCCUAGAUAUUUGCAUAAUAUAGCAACAGGUGACAAUAUCAUCACAUAUAAUGCUUCUGUCAUCCAAGUAGUUUUUACUGACCUCGGUGCAGUAACAGAGUUUUUCCUCCUGGCCGCCAUGUCCUAUGACCGCUACGUGGCCAUCUGCAAACCCCUGCAUUAUGUGGCCACCAUGAGCAGCAGAGUCUGCCAGAGGCUUGUUUUUUGCUCUUGGGUGGCAGGAUUGUUGGUCAUAAUCUCCCCACUCAGCCUGGGGCUAAAUCUGGAAUUCUGUGACUCAAAUGUUGUUGAUCAUUUUCUCUGUGAUGCUUCUCCUCUCCUCAAGAUGUCAUGUUCAGACACCUGGUUCAUGGAACAAACUGUUUUCAUCUGUGCUGUGCUGACCCUCAUUUUGACUCUUAUGUGUGUGAUUCUAUCCUAUAUGUAUAUCAUGAAGACAAUUUUAGGAUUUCCAUCUGCCCAACAAAGAAGAAAGGCCUUUUCCACCUGUUCUUCCCACAUGACUGUGGUUUCCAUCACUUAUGGCACAUGCAUGUUCAUCUAUAUGAAUCCUACAGCCAAGGAAGAAGUGACUACUAAUAAAGUGGCUUCACUACUCAUUUCUUCCAUUUCACCUACAUUAAAUCCAUUUAUUUAUACACUGAGAAAUAAGCAAGUGAGGAAAGCCUUCAAUGACUCGAUAAAAAGAAUUGCAUCACUAUUUAGAAAGUAAAAUAGCAAUCAAUAAACUUAAAUGAUAAAUGGCUGCUAAACCUUUCUAUUGAAACUAAUAAUGUUCUUUAUCACUUUAC